AUGGGAAAAGAAAUCGAUCGAAUAUUAAUUCAACAAACAGCUCAACAAUAUCGAAAUAUUUUAAUCGAAAAAGGAAGAGCAGAUCUCGAUAAAUUAAAGAGAAAAUUUGAUGAAAUAACAGAAAAAAUGAAAAAAGUUCAAAAAGAAAAUGAAUUUAAUGAAUUUGAUUUGAAUUAUUUCAAAGAUCAAUUAAUGGAAAUGAAAAAACAUUCGGAAAAUCAACUGGAAAUGAAUUCAAAGGAAAAUUCACAAAUAUUCAUCGAAAAACUCUCGAAAAGAGUUAUUCAAAAAUUAAUUUUGGGGAAAUGGAGACAAAAUGGAUCGACAAUAUGUGGAGGAAAUGGAGAAGGAGAAGAAUUAAAUCAACUUUCAGAUCCUGAAGGAAUAUUUAUCGACAAACAUCAAAAUAUUUUUAUUGCGGAUUCGGGGAAUCAUCGAAUUGUUCGAUUGAAAAGAAAUGAAAAUCGAGGAACAAUAGUGGCUGGUGGAAAUGGAGGAGGAAACAGUUUGAAUCAAUUGGAUCGACCAACAGGUGUGAUUUUUGAUGAACAAAAUAAUUCAAUCAUCAUUGCUGAUUGUGGAAAUCGAAGAGUAAUGCGUUGGUUUUUGAACACAAAUCAGUCGGAGAUUCUUAUUCACAAUAUCGACUGUUGUCGGUUAACAAUGGAUGAAUUCGGAUUUGUUUAUGUUUCAGAUGGGGGGAAAGAUGAAGUGAGAAGAUGGAAAAUGGGAGAAAAGGGUGAAGGAACAUUAGUUGCUGGUGGAAAUGGAAAAGGAGAUCAACUCAAUCAGUUCAACGUUCCAACUGUUCUGUUUGUCGAUGACGAACAAUCUCUUUAUGUUUCAGAUCGGGGAAAUGAUCGUGUGAUGAAAUGGAGAAAAGAUGCGCAGGAAGGAAUUGUUGUUGCUGGUGGAAAUGGAAGAGGAGAGAAUCUGAAUCAAUUGGAUGGUCCUGAAGGAAUCAUUGUUGAUCAUGGGGGUCGAAUUUAUGUUGCGGAUUUUGCGAAUCAUCGAAUAGUGCGAUGGUGUGAAGGAGAUGAAGAAGGUGAAAUAAUUGUUGGUGGAAGUGGAAAAGGAAAUGGACCUAAUCAAUUGUCUUAUCCUGUCGGUUUAUUAUUUGAUGGUGAAGGAAAUCUUUAUGUUGGUGAUCGUGGAAAUCAUCGAAUUCAACGAUUUGAUUUAGUUCACCUUUGA